AUCUGCAAUCGUUUAGUCGUACUGAGAAGCUAGGGAAAUGAAAGCUAACACGUGGAAAUAGUAAUUUGUCGUAUUUUGCUUUCACUUCAGGGUGGUGUAGUGCCUUUUUGAACUGUGCCUUGUCAACGGCGUCUCUGUAUCAUUAGCUGAACGCUUACCUCGCAGCUCACCGGUGAAUUGAGUUUAUCUGCCUUAUCAUGGCGGACAACGGAGACGACGAUUCUCAGUACAGAAUUAAAGAGGGUGACUAUGUUGUGUUGAAACGAGGCGAUAUCUACAAAGCUAUGCAAAUUCAACCAAGGAAGAAGGUGAUUUUUGAGAAACAGUGGUUCUUCCUGGACAAUGCAGUGGGUCAGCUGUACAGCACCACAUUUGAGAUUGUGUCUGGAGGGAACCUGCAACCACAGAAGCACAAGGACGCAGAGAGCGCUAGUGAUGCGAAGGAGGCAGGCACAGACAACAGAAACAUUGUAGAUGAUGGAAAAUCUCAGAAACUGACCAGGGAUGACAUUGAGACCCUCAAAGAGCAAGGUCUGAAGGGUCAGGAAAUCAUUCAGCAGCUUGUAGAGAACAGCUCCACGUUCAGAGUUAAGACUGAGUAUGCCCAGGAUAAGUACAUCAAGAAGAAAAAGAAGAAGUAUGAAAGUACUGUGACGAUUCUAAAACCGUCCUGUCGCAUCCUGGCUAUGAUGUACCAUGGCCGGGAACCAGGGAAGAUCUGCCACCUCCGGUAUGACACACUUGCCCAGAUGUUAACUCUAGCAAACAUCCACGCUGGCAGCAAAGUUUUGGUGUUUGAAACUUGUGCUGGCCUCGUGCUGGGAGCUGUCAUGGAAAGAAUGGGGGGCUAUGGCUCAGUGAUCCAAAUGUACCCAGGAGGUGGUCCUGUUCGGGCGGGUGUGGAGAGCUUUGGCUUCCCUGCACAUUUUCACGAUAUGCUGCAUGAGUUUCCCAUCUGCCAUGUCAACGCUCUGCUGGCAGGCACUCUGGACACCACUGCCAAAGACGCAAAUGCUGAUGAAAAGCUGUCUGACAUGGCUGUAGAGGAGGAGCAAAACCAGCCUGGGACAGAGCAGCAGGGUCCAGACGAACAGAGCAUGGAGACCAGUACUGGUGAUGACUCUGGGCAGGACCAGGAGAAAAAAGAGAAGGAGAAGCGCAAAGAAGCUAAAGCUCAGGAAAAAAAGGUGAAGCUGGAGGAGAAACGGAGGAAGCUGGCAGCUGCCGCCGCCCUGCUGGAAGGCAGGAAUGCCGACGGGUUGGUUAUAGCCAGUCGGUUUCACCCGUGUCCUGUCCUAAUGGGCCUGCUCAAAUUCCUCUCCCCCUCAAGGCCUUUUGUAGUCUUCUCCCAAUACAAAGAGCCCCUUAUCGAGUGCUACACAAAGCUCAAGGAACAUGGCGGUGCAGUCAACCUCAGACUCACAGACACCUGGCUCAGACAUUAUCAGGUGUUGCCUAACAGGACACAUCCUCUGCUACUGAUGAGUGGGGGCGGGGGCUACGUCCUCUCAGGGACAACAAUUGCCAUGGACCGCUCCAAACCUGCAGGCUCCAGCGAGCUGAGGAACCGGCAUCCAAAGAGACUGAAACUGACAGACACUGAGGGAUAAACAAAUAUAAAAACAUCACAUGUUUUCAGGGCACAUUUCUAGUGGUCUAUAGGGAUUUUUUCCUCAAGCACUGACUUUCCCUUCCUGUUGAACUGAUCUGACACAUCUGGAAUAAGGGAGAGGGAGUGUCUGGUUUGCAUUCAUCAGACCACUACCUCCCGUCUUGUGUAUUCAGAUCAGUGCGGAUGAAGGCGUAAUGCUGGGGAGUAAAUUGUGAGCCAGUUUAGGCUCUCUGAGCUCAGUGUAUGUGUUAUGUAAGGACCUGCUGAAAUAAUCUUUUGUGCGUUGAGAGUAAAGUGACAGGUUUGUGUUUCAUGCCUCGAGACCAGGUGUAAAAACACUAUUUUUUUUCCAGUUAAUCCUCUCCAGCAUCUAUGUUAUAACGUUUUUAUUUUGUUAUCCCUGCAGAAAGUGCCAUUUGUUAUAUGAUACAGUUGCUUAUGCAGCUUCACUGUGGGCUGCAUCUGUAUCUACACAGAAUUAAAAAAGUAGUACUGAA